AUGCCAUAUGGGCUGGGGCAUGGACUGGUCCUCCUUGCUCCUGGCCUCCUGGCUCAGCCUCUUCAGAAUGGGUUUAAAUCAAAAGGACAGUUGACUGGGCAGUACGGGACACUGGUUGACCAAUGCAGUUCAAAAGGAGCAACUUACAGGUGGCACACUUGCAUACCUGAAAAUCAGACUCCCGGGAGCCAGAGGACUUGGGUUCUAAUCCCAGCUCCGCUAUUUGUCUGCUAUGUUACUGUGGGUGCCCCUUCCCACAAGUGGUCCAUGCAGGUGCCCUCGGAUGUCACCGGGGAAGCCGGAGGUUCGGUGGUCCUGCCCUGCACCUUCACCCACCCCCACAAGUCUUACGACGGGCCACUCACAGCCAUCUGGAGAGUCCGGGAGCCCUACGACGGGGCCCCGGUGUUCCAGUGUGUGGCACCCGCUGCCAGUGACCACUGCCGGACCACCAUCAGCUACAAGAGCAAAUACAAGCUCCUGGGCAACCCCCGGCACAAUGACCUCUCCAUCAAAAUCGACAACCUGACCUGGAGCGACAACAACCGCUACUUCUGCCGGGUGGAGUUUGCGGGGGACGUCCGCGACCGUUACGAGAGCAGGGUGGGCGUUCGGCUCCACCUGACCGCCUCGCCGAGGAUUGUCCACAUCACUGUGCACGCCUCUCAGGACCAGGCCUUCAGCGCGCUGUGCACGGCCGAGGGGGAGCCUCCACCCUCCCUCAUCUGGAGCGGGCCGGCCGCCACCAAUCGCACCGCCACGUCCAACCGGGAGCACCAGGUCACCAAGGAGUUGCACGGCCUGGCCCAGGAUGGCCGUUACACUUGCACGGCCACCAACCCCUACGGCCAGGCCGAGGGGAGCGUCUACUUCUACAGAUUCAGAGCCGGGGCCAGCGCCUCCUUCCUGCUCCCUGGGCUCCUGUCUUCCCUGGGGGCCAAGCUUGGCCUGUUGCUGGCCAUCUUGGGGGCCAUCGCCUUCUGGGGCAGAGGACGUUCAGCGGCUCAGGUUCCUGUGUCUAGGUCCCAGGCCCAGGAGUCGACAUAUGAAAACUUCGAACGCGGGAAUAACCGGGGCAACCUGCCUGCAGUGUCAGAAUAG